AUGACGGAUAGUGAUAUGGUUAUUAUGUGGCCCAAUCAAGACGGAUUCGUCACACUCUCUCAACGGGCAGCGCGCGGUCAUUCCCAGCCAUACGUCGUACCAAACCCUCCACGGGUUGCCACGAAAUAUCUGCCUCUGAGUGCACAAACAUCGACCAACACCAGUCUGGCUUUCACUAUUGCUCCUAACGGACAGACUGUCCAGAGACUUAUAUGGGCUAUCGCGACGACACGUCCACCAUCUGCGGCUGCAGAUGCCAGUCUUACGCAACACGUCGCGUCCGGUGCUAUUUCCCUCAAUCUCACACGCGAAUACAGUGGAGGAACUCUCGGGGGUGCCGUGCCAACGUCCCCGCCUGGUAGUGGAGGAACGUAUCUCCCACCCUUCCCCACGCAAACAUCUGGGUCAGGUUUACCCGAGUUUGAGCUUCCUGCUCUCCUUCCCUACCAAAAAGCUUUGAUGGCACAUGCCAUUCUUUCCGGAAUCGGAUUCUUGAUUGUCCUUCCCACCGGCGCUCUUAUCGGCAGAUGGGCGCGCACCUUCACGACUUCUUGGUUCAAAGCUCAUUGGAUCGUCCAAGCUGGGCUAGGGAUUCCCAUCGUAUUUACCGGAUGGUUUAUGGCUGUCGUGGGAAUCAUCAAGAAAGAGGGCCGUCACUUUGACGACACCCAUAAGGUUGUUGGACUAGUUCUCAUCGGUGCAUACACCUUGCAGCUCCUGCUUGGGGUUCAUAUACACAUGUUCAAGCCUCCAAAGCGGCCGUCGCCCCCAUCCGCAAAAGGCGACAAUAUUGUCCAGCUUGUAUCAACCUCAAACCGGCCCUUACUUAACUAUGUCCACGCGCUUCUCGGUUUGACGAUCAUUGCUCUAUCAUUCUACCAGGUUUGGACUGGAAUCAACGUUGAAUGGGAAAUUGCAACGGGACGUGGUGCAGCUCCGCCGAUUACAAUGAAAUUCUGGAUUGCUUGGGCAGCUAUUCUUCCUGCUUUCUAUUUGUUAGGCUUGGCGUUGCUGCCGAAGCAGCUCCGGCAAGAGCGGAAGCUUACUCAAGGCAAAUCUCGCAAUUCAGAUGCCGUCCCGCUCAAGUCGGGUCCAAAUGGUCCCAAAAAGUCGAUACGAGGACUCAAAAUCUCCAAUCCGGUCCCCGCGGAAGAAGAUGAGUGGAAACGAGAUGACGGAAUGGAUCAGCAUAAUGGAUACGAAGUAAUGAGUGAAGAGGGACAUGCUGCACACUCCCUACAACCAGUGCAAUUUGCUAGAGCACUGUGA